AUGGCGAAACACACCAGGCGUAUCUCCGAGAUGACUCCACGCAACUCAGAUAUGUCACCGCUUCUACGUCUUCCUGGAGAAAUCAGGAAUGAGAUCUACCGACACGUCCUCAAUAAAGGCGUCUUCGAAUUCGAAAAUGACGUCGUACUGCGCACUACCGGAUAUGGAGAGCGAUUUACCCUCCUCCGAGUCUGCCGCGAGAUUUACAACGAAACGAGGCUACUUCCAUUCUCUCUUAACACAUUCUACUUCGGCAGUUUCGAAGUCUUCCACAAGUUCAUCGUCAAAUUUACUACGGCGAAGUUUACUACGACAAAGCAACGUCAAGCCAUUCGCGCACUACACCUAGACCUCUGCACUGAAUGCUGCAUCGGUGGCAUCAAAGACUUCGAAGCCCGCCAGAUGUACUCGUUAUCCGACGUACUUCCGGGACUGCAAUCCGUCAACGUAGUUAAAGGCGGUGUGGACUGUUACCCUAAGGUCACGCGUCGUGAACGACAGAAGAUUGACCAGUGGCUGCGAUGCGGUCUGGACGAGCGCGUGGAAAUGAAUAUCUGGUACAGAGAUGAAUGA